UUUGAUCGGUAAGUAAAAGUUGCAGACAGAAGAACAAUGAAGCAGAUCUUCAACUGGGUGCACCGGAAAUUUCACUUCAACGUGGACAGCCAUUCAUCAUUUUCUCACAUUAAAGAUGGAGUAGAACAGAAUGCAAACAAGUUUGAAAACGUUACAAGUGAGAGCGACACGGACGCGUUACUCGAUCAUGGGCUACUGUCAAUAGGCACGUUCGGCUUCGAUCCCUUAGAACUCUACAACCACCUAAAUGGACAUUUCGUCAAGCACAUAGAGGACGACGACAACGACGACGAAGCAGAUGAAGAAGAAGGAGAAGGAGAAGGGAAAGAAGAGCUGAAUCCUUUGGUGGUUAAAGUGUUUAAGGGAGAAUUGGAUAAGGCAUUGCGCUCGAGUUCAGCUUCAGCCAUGAAAACUGAUCUGUCAUCAACGGUUGAUGAUGAGAUGGAUACCCCUCUUCUUCGGUUUCUGGAGUCAGCAGAGCUCCAAAUCGACCUUGAAAACUCGACUUGGGAAGAGAAGAAGAACAACAACAACAAAGGAGAGCGAACAACACUGGCGGAUCUGUUCUCAGCAGAAAAAGUUACUACUGCGGCAGCUACCGGGAAUUCAGAUUCGAGCAUUGUUCAUCAGCCAGGUCGCCUCGAGAAAAAGAGCUGCAGAAAGAAACACGGGCUAUCAUUCGUCAAGAAGUUCCUGUCUCGUAAAGGGGAGAAUGAUUCUCUUCCAAUCACAAACCUACACCGAUUGAUAAAGAAGAUGUUGAAGAAGAAAAUCCAUCCAGAGCUCCAAGGAAAAGUUCAUAAAAUGAAUGGCCCAAUCAAUCCACAUAAGUCUGAGAAGGGAGAAGGAGAUGCCGCAUUAAACGAAUCAUUGUCCAUGCUUCAAGAGAGAGAAGGCAUGGCUUCAGAUCGAAAAAUUUAUCAGUUUGAAGAUGUCGCAAACCACAGUCACCACAAGGAUUGCUGGCUUAUUAUCCAUGGGAAGGUGUAUGAUGUAACUUCAUUUAUGGAUGAUCAUCCUGGAGGCAGUGAGGUCUUGCUAUCGUCCACUGGGAAAGAUGCAACAAACGAUUUUGAAGAUACUGGCCACAGCGACGAUGCCAGAGAACUCAUGGGAAAAUACUGCAUUGGUGAUAUCAAUGCUUCAACUAUUCCGCAGAAACGUCUCUACGUACCUCCUAAACAAGCACCAUACAAUCCUGAUAAAACUCCGGAGUUUGUGAUUAAGGUAUUACAGUUCCUGGUACCUCUAUUGAUCUUGGGCUUAGCAUUUGCUGUCAGACACUUCACCAAGAAAGACUAGCCAAAUCAUUGUUGCCUUUUCGGUCUCACAUAGAGCCCAUUAGUUUCUUCUGCCUUUGUAGACUCUGCAACUUUGAAGCGAACUUGCAAUUUUUAGUUUUGGCUACUGCUAUUGUGCUGUAAGUGAAUCGAGACUCCUAUGGACAAUUGUGUGGUGUCACUAGCGUUGAUAUGUCAAUUAAAAUCAACUGUACUUUGAUAAAUGGAGUUCCUUACAGUUUGGAACUUAAAAUGCAUACUAAUAAGUUCUGAUA